AUGGCGUCAAACUUCUACUCUGCUCAGAUAAAGCAAUGCAUUGAGCUUGGAUCUAGAGACCAAAUCCGCCAUUUGAAGACGAUCCAUGGCCACAUUCUCAAAACUCUUCCUUUCCCAGAGACGCUUCUCCUUAACAACAUCGUCAACGGGUACGCAUCCAUCAGAAACUCCACUUACGCUCGCCGAGUGUUCGACGAAAUUCCCCAACCAAACCUCUUCUCCUGGAACAACCUUCUCAAGGCCUAUUCGAAAUCCGGGCGUCUCUCUGACAUGGAGCGUACCUUCUCAAAGCUUACACAUCGCGACGGCGUCACAUGGAACUUGCUCAUCUCCGGCUAUUCCGAGACCGGUCUGGUUGGUGAAGCUGUCAAGGCCUUUAACACGAUGAUGAUGACGAAAGACGGCUCUUUUAAUCUGACUAGGGUUACGUUCAUGACAAUGCUGAAGCUUUCUUCCUCCAAUGGACAUGUUAGUCUCGGCAAGCAGAUUCAUGGGCACAUUGUGAGACGUGGGUUUGAGUAUUAUCGUUUAAUUGGGAGCCCACUGUUGGAUAUGUAUGCAAAAUCUGGUCUUGUCUCUGAUGCAAAGAAGGUUUUUGACGGUAUAGAGGAUCCAAACACGGUUAUGUACAACUCUCUGAUGGGAGGGCUUUUAGCUUGUGGGAUGAUCAAAGAUGCACAGAAGUUGUUUCAAGGGAUGGAGAAAGAUUCUGUUUCUUGGACAGCGAUGAUACAAGGUCUUGCUAAGAACGGACUUCCAAAGGAAGCUAUUGAGCUUUACAGGGAGAUGAAAAGGGAAGGCUUGAAGAUGGAUCAGUUUACGUUUGGAAGUGUGUUACCUGCUUGUGGAGGAUUAGGAGAUGUAAACCAAGGGAAACAGAUUCAUGGCUCUGUGAUCAGGAGCAAUCUUGAGGAUCAUGUACAUGUAGGUAGUGCUCUCAUUGACAUGUAUUGCAAGUGUAAGUGUAUAGACUACGCAAGGAGAGUUUUUGAUAAGUUGAAGAAGAAGAACGUUGUGUCUUGGACUGCAAUGGUUGUUGGUUAUGGACAGACCGGUCGUGGUGAAGAAGCUGUUAGGGUUUUCAUUGAUAUGGAGAGAAGUGGGGUUGAGCCUGAUCAUUAUACUCUAGGGCAAGCGAUCAGUGCGUGUGCCAAUAUAGCAAGCUUAGAAGAAGGGUCACAGUUUCAUGGGAAAGGUAUAGUUUCUGGGUUGAUACAUUACGUCGUUGUUUCGAAUUCGUUGGUGACUCUGUAUGGGAAAUGUGGAAACAUUGAUGAUUCCACUAGGCUGUUUGAUGAGAUGAGUGUUAAGGAUGAAGUCUCUUGGACUGCAAUGGUUUCAGCGUAUGCACAAUUUGGAAGAGCCAUUGAGGCUAUUGAGUUGUUUGACAGAAUGGUAAAGCAUGGGUUAAAGCCUGAUGGAGUGACUUUAACCGGUGUUAUAUCAGCUUGUAGUAGAGCAGGCUUAGUGGAGAAAGGUCAAAGAUAUUUUGAGCUAAUGGUAAAUGAAUAUGGAGUAGUACCGAGUAGUGGUCACUAUUCUUGCAUGAUCGAUCUCUUCAGUCGAUCUGGAAGGUUAGAGGAAGCCAUGAGUUUCAUUAGUGAGAUGCCUUUUCCUCCAGACGCAAUUGGUUGGACCACUUUGCUUAGUGCAUGUAGAAACAAAGGUGAUUUGGAGAUAGGUAAACAUGCGGCUGAAUCACUCAUAGAGCUGGAUCCUCAUCAUCCUGCUGGAUAUACGUUACUAUCGAGCUUAUAUGCUUCAAGAGGGGAAUGGGAUUGUGUGGCGCAGUUGAGACGGGGGAUGAGAGAGAAGAAAGUGAGAAAAGAACCUGGACAGAGCUGGAUCAAAUGGAAAGGAAGAUUGCAUAGUUUCUCAGCGGAUGACGAGUCAAGUCCAUAUCUGGAACAGAUAUAUGCUAAGCUUGAGGAGUUGAACCAGAGAAUCGUCGAUGAUGGUUAUAAACCGGAUACUAGUUUUGUCCACCAUGAUGUUGAGGAGCCAGUGAAGAUAAAGAUGCUUAACUAUCACAGUGAAAGGCUCGCAAUUGCGUUUGGGUUGAUAUUUGUACCCUCAGGGUUACCUAUUAGAGUAGGGAAAAAUCUUAGAGUGUGUGUGGAUUGCCACACUGCCACUAAACAUAUCUCCAGCGUCACUGGUAGAGAGAUCAUUGUUAGAGAUGCUGUUAGGUUUCACCGCUUUAAAGAUGGAACUUGCUCAUGCGGAGACUUCUGGUAG